AUGAAUAAACGCACGUCUUACAUCCGAUACCGAGGUCCAGAGAUCAAAUCUUACUUUUUCUGGUAUCUAUCUAUCUAUCUAGUUCUGGUAUCUAUCUAUCUAUCUAGUUCAGGUAUCUAUCUAUCUAUCUAUCUAUCUAUCUAUCUAUCUAUCUAUCUAGUUCAGUUCAGGUAUCUAUCUAUCUAUCUAUCUAUCUAUCUAUCUAUCUAUCUAGUUCAGGUAUCUAUCCUAUCUAUCUAUCUAUCUAUCUAUCUAUCUAGUUCAGGUAUCUAUCUAUCUAUCUAUCUAUCUAUCUAUCUAUCUAUCUAUCUAGUUCAGGUAUCUAUCUAUCUAUCUAUCUAUCUAUCUAUCUAUCUAUCUAUCUAUCUAGUUCAGUUCAGGUAUUCAUCUAUCUAUCUAUCUAUCUAUCUAUCUAUCUAUCUAUCUAUCUAUCUAUCUAUCUAUCUGGUUCUGCAAUAUGCUUUCAUUUCAUUUCUUAAUCACUGCCUGGUCAACGUACCAAAGGUCGAAAGCAACCAUUCUCCUCUAUUGUCAUGGCUAUAUGAUUGCUACAAAAAUAUACAAUAUAUCAAUAUCUAUCUAUCUAUCUAUCUAUCUAUCUAUCUAUCUAUCUAUCUCUCUCUCUCUCUCUCUCUCUAUAUAUAUAUAUAUAUAUAG